GUAUAAAUAUAGAUAGACUGAAGAGAGAAGAAAACAAAGGAAGUGAGGAGAGAGAAGAAACACAUCAACAACAAAAAAAAAAAAAACUUAAAAUUAGUAUGGAUCAUAGUAGCUUACGUUGUUUUGGGACAAUACCCAAAACUCAUUUUCUUCUAUUAUUCUCUUUUUCUAUAUUUUUAUUCACUUUCACAAACGCAGCCUUCGACCUCGCAACCAUACCCUUCAACGAUGGCUAUUCUCAUCUCUUCGGAGAUGGCAACGUUGUUCGAUCCUCCGAUGGCAACGGUGUUAAACUCCUCCUUGAUCGAUACACCGGUUCUGGAUUCAUUUCCUCCAAUAUGUACCAAUAUGGAUUCUUCAGUGCUAAUAUCAAGUUGCCAUCGAAUUAUACUGCUGGUAUUUGCAUCGCGUUUUAUACAUCAAACGGUGAUGUGUUCGAGAAAACGCACGAUGAAUUGGACUUUGAAUUCCUAGGUAACAUAGCUGGAAAACCGUGGCGGUUUCAAACAAAUUUGUAUGGAAAUGGAAGCACUCAUCGUGGCCGUGAGGAACGUUAUCGUCUUUGGUUCGACCCAACUAAAGGAUACCAUAGAUAUAGCAUUCUUUGGACCGCAAAAAAUAUCAUAUUUUACAUUGAUGAAGUUCCAAUUAGAGAGGUAUUAAGAAGUGAGGAAAUGGGAGGUGAAUACCCAUCCAAACCAAUGUCAUUGUAUUCUACAAUAUGGGAUGCCUCAAAUUGGGCCACAUCCGGUGGAAAAUACAAAGUGAACUAUAAGUAUGCUCCUUUUGUAGUUGAAUUUAAGGACCUAGUCCUUAAGGGUUGUUCUGUUGAUCCCAUACAAGAAGUAUCUGGCGGAGAAAUUUGCUCGGACCAAAAUACCCAUCUCGAAGCUCAAGACUACGCUGCUGUGACCCCUUUGCGUCGUCUUGCGAUGCGAAGGUUUCGCCAGCGUUACAUGUACUAUUCUUAUUGUUAUGAUACAAUUAGAUAUCCUAUGCCAUUACCAGAGUGUGAUAUUAUACCCUCAGAAAAACAAAGAUUUAAAGAAACCGGAAGGUUGAGAUUCGGCGGGAGCCACCGCUGGCAUUCUAGGCGGGGAGGCCGAACUUCAAUUCCGGUGGUAGAUGACACAAAUCAAGGUGUUAUGUGAUGAUUUUAUGAAAUGUAUAUAAUAGUGACAUUUUUAUGGGUUUUUUGUGGCCUUGAUUAAUUUUCAUAUUAUCAAUUACUUGGUAGACGUAAAUAAAAUAAGUUAUUAUAUAAUAAUUUGGUCCUUAAAAAAAUAGUGUGCUUUGGUGUUAUGCUUUUGUUACUUAGUGUGUUGUUUUAGUAGGUGGAAUAUAAUUCGGUAUAUGAAUCUGUAUGAGUGCACUAAAGAAUAAAUCAAAAGUAUAAUAGUGUGUAAUGGUUCGUUUGUA